CCUGGAUCCAUCUCCGGCUCCCUUUUGGACAUCUGUGAGUGUUAAAUAGUAUACCCACCACACUCGUGCACUCGUACGGUACUCGUACGCUCCCUACGCUCCUGCGGAUGGUUUCAUGUGUGUAACCUAUGGUAUGACAACCUACGCAAGUCGAGAAACUUCAAGCAGGAGAAAAAAGGCGCCAGGACAGGACAGGAGUCAGGACCAGGCAAAAAAAAGAUUGUCGGUCGUCGAGGGCGAGAGAGGUACGAAAAAGGAUCCUUGUGGUCCUCCUUUCAUCACCGAUCCGAUCGUUCAGAGUUGAGUCGGUCAUCAAAGGAGAAGGACCCCUUUCUGUCUCCGAUCACAUACAUUAUUACCCUGCAGUGUGUCGCCGUUGUUCCACCCAUAUCAGUGUCCUCCUCUAUGUCCAGUGUUUGAAUCAAGUUCAGUCCAAAAUGCGGUCAAAGUCGUUGUUAAUGCUAAUCCUUGGCACCUCAGCCCUAGUCUUGGCAGACCCUCCACCUCCAGUCUCAGAACUGAAGGUGGAACACAGAUCUGCCAAACCUGAGCCGUUCCUGGAUCGGCUUGCCUCCGCCUUGUUCGGUUCCUCAGAGAAGAAAUCCGACACCAAAAGGCCGCCUCCCCCAGGGAGGCCGGUUUAUAAGCGGAAGCCGCAACAGCAGACCUUACCCUCAUAUAACGCCCCUGUGGUGGCCACCAAGCCCUCCAAUUCGUAUGGACCACCUUUGGCUCCACCCAUUGGACAGAGGCCCCAACCCCAAAAGAGACCGCAGUUGCCGUCGUAUCAACCCGCCGAGUCAAAUAACUUUCCCAGUUUCUUUGGAGGCUCCUCGGGGGCCUCGUCGUCCAGUUCCAAACCAGCUUUCGGUGGUUCUGGCUCGUUCGGGGGUCAAAGCUCCUUUGGAGGAUCCUCACCUGGACCCGGGUCGUCCUUCGGUGGAAGUGGAAAUGGAAUCGGUGGUGGCGGAUUUGACCCUUGGCAGGUGGCCCAACCAGCUAACAUGGCCCAGAUCCAGGAUCUGCAAGUCCAGUGUGAAAAGGAUCUCAUGAGAGUCCGAGUGGUGUUUGAUCGACCUUUCUACGGUAUGAUCUUCUCCAAGGGCCAUUACUCCAACGUCAAUUGUGUUCACGUGCCAUCUGGUUUGGGUCAGACUCAGGCCACCUUUGAUAUCUCAUUGAGAGCUUGUGGUAUGACCUCGUCUUCCAAUGAUGGUUAUGGAGCCCCCACACCCCAAGGGAGCUUCAUCGAAAACACGGUCAUCAUUCAGUACGACCCAUUGCUCCAAGAGGUGUGGGAUCAAGCCAGGAAGCUCAGAUGCACUUGGUACGACUUCUACGAAAAGGCAGUGACCUUCAAGCCCUACCAAGUGGACAUGUUGGACCCUGUGACAGCCAACUUCUUGGGCGACAAUCUCCGAUGCUGGAUGCAAAUCCAAGUGGGCAAAGGUCCUCACGCGUCCGAGGUUUCUGGCAUUGUCAAGAUUGGUCAAACCAUGACCAUGGUCUUGGGUGUCAAGGAUGACGAGAACAAGUUUGACAUGAUGGUGAGGAAUUGCGUUGCCCAUGAUGGACAACGAUCUCCAAUUCAGCUAGUGGAUGAGAAAGGAUGUGUAGUGCGGUCCAAGAUCAUGUCUCCGUUCAAGAAGGUGAAGAACUUUGACUCCACCGCCAAUGUGCUCUCCUACGCCUAUUUCCAGGCCUUCAAGUUCCCGGAUUCCAUGAAUGUGCACUUCCAAUGCGUCGUUCAAGUGUGUCGAGGAUCUUGUCCUGAUCCCGUUUGUGGCGGAGAUGCUUCAUAUUCUAGUGAGCCAUCCUCUGGUUACUCUUCCGGCAGUUCUUCCUCCUCUUACUCUGGUCCAUCCAUUCCUGCUUCCUCAUCUGGCUUUGGAACUCCCAAUCAAGACAGUUAUGGAUCGCCACAAGGCGCUGCAGUGGACAGUUAUGGAUCGCCUCAAGGGUCAUUCAUCUCCAAUGCUAAUAUCAAUCCUCGAUUACCCAUUGGAGGCAAUAAUGUCUACACUCCUUCGGGCUCGGAGAGGAAAGUCUCCAUUGUAAAACCAGACGGUACCACCGUUGAGGACUUGACCGCUGGAGACGUGUUUGAUGCAGAUGAGGGAGAUGAAGAAACCCCAGACAGAAUCGCUCUUUCUGAGCCUGGUUAUGAGGGCUUUAAUAAACGGAUUGGAGGGGCUCAAUCAUUGAGCCUUGGAGGACGCCCUCGUAGUCUGGAAUUGGAAGAUUUGGAUAAACUCACGGCCCAGCCCUUGAAGAGUGGUGAUGCCAUUUCAGCCACUGAAACGAGCAAGAACACAGUUGACUCGUCAGUGGGCAAGGACCAUGAAUUGAAAACAAGGGGCCGCAGGAGCACCGUGGAUUCAAACGGCAACCGAAUCUUGAGGACUCGUCGUGAAGCCGACACUGACAUGGCUGACAUCGAGACCGAGAAAACCAUUCGGGUUUUGGCUCCCAACGAUGUCCAGUUUAGUUUGCCUUUGGACUCAGAGGAUCAAGAUGAGGUUGUGAUUAACACGGAUUCUCCCUUCUUCAACGAGGCUGUUUGCAUUGACACCCCUGCUUUCAUUGGGGUGACCAUCAGCUUCUUGAUGAUCCUCAUUGUGGCUUUGAUCACCAUUAUCUUCUUGUGGAUGCGGAUAAGAAGCCUGGAUCGGAAGAAUCUCCUGUAGAAGACCGGGUUGUCCGUUCAAAGCAGAACCCGCAAACGCAACGUUGGUGGACUUUGUCACGCAAACCUCACACCAGACAAACUUUGUGAAAGUGCCAAAAAACCGUUGCUUCGAUUUCGAAGCCCUAUGUCGCCUUAUUCAGACUCGAAUCAAAACCUGUGAUGUCUUAGUGACACAAGCCUAUGAAUAAUCAGUAACAAACGCCACCCCGAGUCUCAUCCCCCAUAAUGUUCAUUUUUCGUGGAUUUCUUUAAAGAAACAUCUGGAUGGUAUAAAUCAGCUAGUCCUCCAAUCACUUCCAGGAAAAUCAUCGAACCUGCUCCUUUUCCUCAAACCCUCCAAAUAAUCCCUCACCAUAUUUGAUAUCGUAUUCGUUAUGCUAGUGAGAUUGAUGACCCUGAAUGUAACUAUUGUUCAAAUGUUCAAGAAUGCUUGUUAAGAUGACUCCACUGAAUAAAACACAUGUCAAAAAGGAGAAACGUGAUUCAUAACCGUGUUAGAAACAUGAAAGAUCUGCAAAGUCUUCGUGGUCUUCUAAAUGACCAAAACUUCAUUCCAGAGAAAUAUUUUGCUUGUGACACGGCCUUGAACUGCACCUUGGGUUUGGUGUGUAUCUACGGAAUGUGCCUUGGGUGUGUGACCCAUUGGGAAUGUGCAGAUGGAAUGUAUUGUUUGGAUUCGCCUCCACUUCUUCAUUUUUCCCUGGGAAUUGGAGUAGUAGUCGGAGGCUCCAACGCUGCAGCUGAAGCCUCUGCCAAACUCAACUUUCGCAAACGUGGAGAUCGAUCAAGAAAACUGAAACGAUUGCAACAUGUGCUCAGAUUCAUACGAACGAAUUAUCCUGACGGAACAAAACGGUGUCAAAAAUUGACGGAUGAACUAUUAUUCCAAUGGAAAUGAACGAAAUGAGUAAACUUCGGAAAGGAAGCUUUUUGAUUCACCCAACCUAUUGUCGAAGGUUCCCAUUAACAUGGAUACAAGUGAACAAACAAAGCCAUUGGAAAAGGCAAAAUUAACCUUGUGAGAUGCAAAUAAAUUAUCAAGCCAAAUUUAAACAGUCGAAGAUGGCUCAAUUAAGUACUAUAAUACACUAUUUGCACUCUGAA